AUGGCCGUCCCAGAAGAUGGCAACCUCCUUCGAGGACCCUCAAACACCUCCCACCCCGCCCUCACCCGCUCCACCACCUCCUACAUCCCCCACCACAACUUCUCGCUCGCAAAAGAAAAACAAUACCAGCAACAAUUCGCCGACAUGUAUUUCUACCGUCUCGCGAUCCUCAAGCCGGCCGUAGAAAAGGUCGCGGGGGAAGCGUGGGAUGGGUUUCAGAUCGGUCAGGAUGUGGUGCAGAAAGUUGAUAAUGUGCUGGGUGUGCGACAGGGGAAUUUGUGUUGGAUUAUAGGCACGAUAUUCAUGGAUAUGCCGCUCAAACCGAAUAUUUUGGAUGAUAUCAGUAAAGAUCAUUGGAUUUCUGCGCCUGCGCCGAGGGAAAAGUAUUUAUCUGCUGAUGGAAAUGAUAUGAUUAUGUUGGAGGAUAAGUCGGGGAGGAUUAGACUGGUUGGUCAUGCGCUUGAGAACGAGAUGUUGGUUACGGGGUGUAUUGUUGCGGUUAUGGGGACGGAGAAUUCGAAUGGUGAGUUUGAGGUUGUGGAUAUUAAGGUUCCUGGGUUGCCGCCGCAGAGUGAGCGGUGGGUGCAGGUUAAAGAUGAGGAUGAGGAGAUGGAGGAUGAGAAACCAAUGGGUAAUGGAAGUAAAAUGAAAGAUGAGGAUGAAGAUAUGGAAAAGCCGGCCCCAACGAGUAAUGGCAAGAAAAUCGCCAUCGUCUCAGGUCUAGGCUUCUCAAGUACAAACUCAGAACACGCUCUCGAACUCAACCUCCUCUCUGAAUUUCUCCUCGGCGAAGCCCUCGAUCCAGUCACCCAAGAAAACGUCUCCCAAAUCAGCCGUCUCAUCAUCGCAGGCAAUUCCAUCGCUGUAGAUCUAGAAGCUACACCUCACGAUACAAUCGGCAACACCAAAAAAGCCGCCCAGAAAAAAUACGGAUACGAUAGCAGCGCCUACAAUCCAACGCCUACAGCGCACCUCGACGAUUUCCUCGUGAGUCUACUACCUAGUCUCCCAGUCACGUUGAUGCCAGGAUACCACGACCCCGCGAACGUAUCGUUACCGCAACAGCCGAUUCAUUCAGCCAUGUUUCCGCAAGCGAGGACGUAUGGUGCUAUGCCACCUGGUGAGGAUGGGAAGAGUACGCCUGGAUGGUUUGAUACGGUGACGAAUCCGUGGGCGGGCGAGGUGGAAGGGUGGAAAGUGCUAGGCACAGGGGGUCAGAAUGUGGAUGAUGUGUUUAAGUAUGUGGAGGGUGAGGAUCGGUUGGGGAUGAUGGAGGCGAUGUGUAGGUGGAGGUGUUGCGCCCCUACUGCGCCGGAUACGUUGUGGAGCUAUCCAUUUCAAUUCGACGAUCCGUUCGUGCUGACUUCGUGUCCGCAUCUUUUCUUUGUGGGGUCGCAGCCGAAAUUCGAUACUGCGGUUAUUGAGGGUGAAGAUGGGCAGACUGUCAGACUGAUUGCUGUGCCGAAGUUUUCGGAGACGGGGGAGAUUGUUUUGGUGGAUUCCGAGACGUUGGAGACUAGUGUUGUGAGGUUUAGUGUGACUUGA